AUGCUUUCUAUGCUUUCAGAAUUGGAAAAAAUUGGUGAGGAGAUUGUUUCCAUUGAGGAAGAAUUAGAGGCUAUUGAUCGAGAGUUUUCAUCAAAAGAAUCUAAUCCAUCUCAACUAGAUGAGUUAGAGGCCUAUAUGAAUGCACUGAAGACAAGUUCAUCUGAUCGUGUGAAACGUUCUAAACUGAAGGCUCGUCUGAUCUCAUUACGUCAAACUGAACUUCAACUUAUGCAUCGAGCUGGACUUACUCAAUUUCGUAGGAAUCUCAAAAAAAAUAAUGGACAAGCUAAUACUUCUGAAUAUAUCUCAUCGUCGGAAGCCGCCGCAGCGGUUAGAGCAGCUAAGAAUAAAUUGAAUAAUAAUAACUUAAACUCGGAGGAUGAUCAAAAUACUGCUACUUCAGAACAAAAGAUUAAAAAUAUUCGAGCUGAUAGAAAUGCAUUGAAGCGCAGUUUACAAAGUCAUGCCCGGUCGCUUUAUGUGUCUCAGAAGAAAAUUGAGGUGGAUAAACCUUUUGAAGUGGAGAAUGAUGAUGAGAUGAUAAUGAAGAAAGGAGGUUGUGAAAAAGAAGAAAAGCAAAUUGACACUGGUCCUAAAAGCCAACCAGAAUCAUACGACUUGUUACUUACAAAAAUCAACAGACAAUCCUCUAGAUUUUCAAAAAAUGAGAAUAUGACUGUCAAUAAUGAUGAAGCAGUUGUAAAACCGUCAAAAGUUAUCCGUGAAAAUAAAUUAUCUGGAACUGGGAAACAUCAUAUCAGAAUAAUGGGACCAACUUUACCACAUCCUCAAUCUCAGAAACCGAUUAAUCCGGAUGUUAGUCGGAAGACUAAACUCUUAAUGGAAGCCGAUCCAGACUAUGUUGAGUGGGUUCCUCCACCAGAUCAACAUGGAGAUGGUGUCACUCCCUUAAAUGCUAAAUAUGGAUAUUAA